AAAUGAUGUAAACUUCCCUUGCUGCCUUCCUUCCUUCCCAAAGUAUUUGUGACCACUUAUGUGAAAUACCAACAAUAAAAAUAAAUAAUAAAAUGUCAGGUUCAGGAAAAGCACAACUUAGAAUAGGAUGUCCAUGACCUAGCGGGGUGAAAAAAUUGAACAGAAUAGAGAUAGUCAGGGUCCUGGGGUCCUGUUGAGAUGAAAAUUGCUGAGCUUCCUGGCCGCCAAAGGGAAAAGGGAAAACCUGGCCACCCAGGUUGCUCUUGUGAUAAGCCAGCAUUAUGGGGCUUGUCUCUGCUGCUGGAUGAGAGUGUCUGGGACCCUGGGCCUCAUCCUGGAUGGAUGAGUGGGUGGUAGUGAAAGGCACUGUGGGGACAGGCUUGGGCCUGGCUUUAGGGAAACAGGGCAGACAGUGAGGUCCGAGGGUUUCUCUGGCUGGGGAUACAGACUGGCUGUGGGAACAGAGAGGAAAGCUCACCCCUGGAGUGAGUCAGCCACCGCCUGUCCCUCCUUGGACCCUGGGAUAGGCCUCUAUGGGCAGGGACCUCGGGGGCCAGGCCAGGCGGUGGGGGUGUCCCUGGGUGCCUUUCUCUGUAACCACAGCAGGGCUUUCCUGCGUCGUGUUCUCUCUGUGGUUUCCGGGGAUUGGCGCCCUGGAAACCUCAGGGGUUGUUUACAGGAUGCAGCGGGCCUGGGACUGGGAGGCCCCGCCGUCUCUGCCAGGGGUCACCCUCUGGGGAGGAGUAGUCCCGCCUCACAGAGCCCAGCAGCCUGUCCUCUCCGGGCCUCAGUUUUUUCAUCUACAGGGUGGGAACAAUUGCAUAGCCACCCCACAGGGCUUGAGAGCCUCAUGGUCAGCGCCACUGAGUGUUUGUGGGCAUUGUACAGUGGCCACGGACAGGCCUGCAGUGCGGGGCUGGUGUGCACACUGGCAGGGUGGCCACCUGGCUGUCGGUGACAGAGGACCAGCUCGGGGUGGGUGUAGGCACCAUAAUUGGCACUAGGUUUGCCCCAAACCCUCACUUAGCACCUAUAAGUAGAGGGUGCUGUGUGCUUGGGCAGAGGGUGGGGGGCAGGGGCAGCCCUGGAGCACUCCAGACUCAGGAGAGUACUCUGCUCUCUGGACCCCCACCCCCCCAGAGAGUGAAGGCCACUCCCUCAGCCAGCCAGCGCUGACCCAGCCCUCAGUGGGAUCCCAGCCUCUCAGCUGCCAGGGGAGGCCUGAGUCAGCAGGUCUGCAGCCCGAGGAGGGGCUGGCGGCGGCCACAGGGACAAAUUGGAGAGUUGCGACUGGACAGCGCAUAGUUUUCCACUUGCGUCUUCAGAUUCCCUUCCAUGUGCGCCUGUCGCCCUGGCCCGGCUGCUCACAUCUGGAAAAGCGUGAGCGUCGAGGGCGAGGCUCCCAGCAGCGAGACGGGCACAUCGCUGGACAGCCCCGCAGCCUACCACCAGGGCCCGCUGGCGCCCGGCUCCAGCCUGAGCCCGGACCACUACGAGCACACAUCGGGGGGUGCCUAUGGGCUGUACUCAGGGCCGCCCGGGCAGCAGCAGCGCACGCGGAGGCCCAAGCUGCAGCACUCGACCUCCAUCCUGCGCAAGCAGGCCGAGGAGGAGGCCAUCAAGCGCUCAAGAUCCCUCUCCGAGAGCUAUGAGCUCUCCUCUGACCUGCAGGACAAGCAGGUGGAGAUGCUAGAACGGAAGUAUGGGGGCCGCCUCGUGACCCGCCAUGCGGCCCGCACCAUCCAGACGGCCUUCCGCCAGUACCAGAUGAACAAGAACUUCGAGCGUCUGCGCAGCUCCAUGUCUGAGAACCGCAUGUCGCGCCGCAUCGUACUGUCCAACAUGAGGAUGCAGUUCUCCUUCGAGGGGCCCGAGAAGGUGCACAGCUCCUACUUUGAGGGCAAGCAGGUCUCUGUGACCGAUGAGGGCUCCCCACUGGGGACCCUGGUACCGGCCGAGUGUGAUGACCUUGGUGAGCCACCUGCCCUCAAGGCCCCCGCCCCAGCUGGCGACUUUGCAGAUGCCAUCACUGAGCUGGAGGACGCCUUCUCGCGGCAGGUGAAGUCACUGGCUGAGUCCAUCGACGACGCACUCAACUGCCGCAGCCUGCACACUGAGGAGGCCCCUCCCCCCGAUGGGGGGCGGGCCCGGGACACUGAGCCUUCACAGGCCCUGCACGGAGCUGAGCACCGCCAGCUGGACGAGAUGACAGCCUCAUACAGCGACGUCACCCUGUACAUAGACGAGGAGGAGCUGUCACCACCCCUGCCCCUCGCACAAGCAGGGUGCCGGCCAUCCAGUGCCGAGUCGGACCUGCGGCUACGUGCUGGCGGCAGCGCCCAGGACUACUGGGCCCUGGCCCACAAGGACGACAAGGGGGACACGGACACAAGCUGCCGGAGCACACCAUCGCUCGAGCCGCAGGAGCCACGGCUGCGUGGGGAGCAUCUCCCACUGCUCACCAUCGAGCCACCUAGCGACAGCUCUGCGGACCUUAGCGACCGCUCGGACCGCAGCUCGCUCAAGAGGCAGAGCGUCUAUGAGCGCAGCCUGGGCGGGCAGCAAGGCAGCCCCAAGCACGGCCCCCACGGGCUCCCCAAGGGCCUGCCCCGGGAGGAGCCAGAGCUGCGGCCCCGGCCUCCAAGACCCCUGGACAGCCACCUCGCUAUCAACGGCUCGGCCAACAGGCAGAGCAAGUCCGAGUCGGACUACUCAGACGGGGACAACGACAGCAUCAAUAGCACGUCCAACUCCAACGACACCAUCAACUGCAGCUCUGAGUCCUCGUCCCGGGACAGCCUGCGGGAGCAGACACUCAGCAAGCAGACCUACCACAAGGAGACCCGCAACAGCUGGGACUCACCUGCCUUCAGCAAUGACGUCAUCCGCAAGCGGCACUACCGCAUAGGCCUCAACCUCUUCAACAAGAAGCCCGAGAAGGGCAUCCAGUACCUCAUCGAGCGCGGCUUCGUGCCCGACACACCGGUGGGGGUGGCCCACUUCCUGCUGCAGCGCAAGGGCCUGAGUCGCCAGAUGAUCGGGGAGUUCCUGGGCAACCGGCAGAAGCAGUUCAACCGCGACGUGCUCGACUGCGUGGUAGACGAGAUGGACUUCUCUGCCAUGGAGCUGGACGAAGCCCUCCGCAAGUUCCAGGCACACAUCCGGGUCCAGGGGGAGGCUCAGAAGGUGGAGCGGUUGAUUGAGGCCUUCAGCCAGCGCUACUGCAUCUGCAACCCCGGGGUGGUGCGGCAGUUCCGGAACCCGGACACCAUCUUCAUCCUGGCCUUCGCCAUCAUCCUGCUCAACACGGACAUGUACAGCCCCAACGUCAAGCCCGAGCGCAAGAUGAAGCUGGAGGACUUCGUCAAGAACCUGCGAGGUGUGGACGAUGGUGAGGACAUUCCCCGGGAGAUGCUGAUUGGGAUCUAUGAGCGGAUCCGGAAGCGGGAGCUGAAGACCAACGAGGACCACGUGUCGCAGGUGCAGAAGGUGGAGAAGCUUAUCGUGGGGAAGAAGCCGAUUGGAUCCCUGCACCACGGGCUGGGCUGUGUGCUCUCGCUGCCACACCGGCGCUUGGUCUGCUACUGCCGGCUCUUCGAGGUCCCAGACCCAAACAAGCCUCAGAAGCUCGGGCUGCACCAGCGAGAAAUCUUCCUGUUCAAUGAUCUCCUGGUGGUCACCAAGAUCUUCCAGAAGAAGAAGAACUCGGUGACGUACAGCUUCCGACAGUCCUUCUCCCUGUACGGCAUGCAGGUCCUGCUCUUCGAGAACCAGUAUUACCCCAACGGCAUCCGGCUCACGUCUGCCGUCCCAGGAGCAGACAUCAAAGUGCUAAUAAACUUCAAUGCUCCCAAUCCUCAAGACCGGAAGAAAUUCACUGACGACCUGCGGGAGUCCAUUGCAGAGGUGCAAGAGAUGGAGAAGCACAGGAUAGAGACGGAGCUGGAGAAGCAGAAGGGUGUUGUGCGGCCCAGCAUAUCCCAGUGCUCCAGCCUCAAAAAGGAGCCGGGCAGCGGGACGCUGAGCCGGGCCUGCCUGGACGACAGCUAUGCCAGCGGUGAGGGUCUCAAGCGCAGCGCUCUCAGCAGCUCCCUGCGGGACCUCUCAGAAGCGGGGAAGCGAGGGCGUCGCAGCAGUGCGGGAUCGCUAGAGAGCAAUGUGGAAGGGUCCAUCAUUAGCAGUCCUCACAUGCGCCGGAGAGCUGCAUCAACACGGGAGUGUCCAUCUCGCCCACACCAGGCCCUGCCCAACUCCUCCUCCCUCCUGGGCUCCUUAUUUGGGAGUAAGAGAGGGAAGCCCCCUCCCCAGGCCCACCUGCCCUCAGCCCCUUCCCAGCCACCCCCCCACCCGCCAGGCCUGGCCCACCCGCAGCACCCCGCGGCCAGCCACCCCCAGGGGCCCACGGAGAGUGCCCUGCAGGCCCCGGUGCAUGGGCACCAUGGCCAGUACUGCCACAUGCAGCAGAACCCGCCCCCCUACCACCACCACCACCACUACCAUCCCCCCCAGCACAUCCCGCACGCACACCAGUACCACCACGGCCCCCAUGGCGGGCACCCCCCCUACGGGGUCCACGCGCACAGCCACCCACCGCUGCCCUCGGCCCACGCCGGCCACAUGGGCCACGCAGCGCACCACCAUGGGCAGCCCCCUGCCCCACCGCCCCCCACCAGCAGCAAGGUCAAACCCAGCGGCAUCAGCACAAUCGUGUAGACAGCCUGGGCAGGGGUCUAGGACCCCCCGGAACAAGUGCACACCACACAGAGGCGCGCCCGGGCUUGGCAGACCCAGGGUACUUUGUGUCUCCACCUCUCCCCUCCGUUCCCCUGCCCAGAUGGAAACCCUGAGUCCCGGAGGCCUGUGUCUUAGGGAACAAAGCUCCUGGUCUGAUUUAGCCGUGGGGCCCUGGCCUCCAUCCACCUCAGUCCGAGACGUGGGCCUCAGCCACCAUCUGCCUUGAGUCGGUGCCGCCGGCCAAGGAGACGUUGAGCUGCCCCCCGACCCCACGCAGCCCCAGCUCUCUGCCCCUUCGUUGUACACGCAUAUGAGAUCCCAGCCUAGGAAGAGAAGAAGCGACACACAAAGCCAGAGACAGAACCAAACAAAAAACCCCAAACUUGCUGCAUUAUUGCUCUUUUAUUGACAAUGGGCAAAAAUUAAGUAGACCUGAUAUGGUUGAUGAAAAUACUUUCAGCCUUUCGAGCCUCGGCAGCCGCCGGUGCAGUGCUCCUAAGCCGGGACCCAGGACGGCCCGCGGCGCCUGCCGGCGGGAGCCCUUUCAAAAAGGGCGAAGCUGGCGCGGGACCCUGCAGCGGCGGGACGGCAGCGGGGAGCCCACCCCACCCCCUUGUCUGUCAUCACGGUCACCAAACCAGCAAAUCUGCAACCGAGCACUUUGUUCGUCUCCACAGAGAACGAAUACAGCAAUGUAGAGCUUAGCCUUUGUUUCCUUUCUUGAAAGAAGUGUGACUUCAUCCUGCCCUCCUUUACCUUCCCCUCCGUGCCCAGUCCCUCUCGGGUGUCCGCUCAGGGAGAGGGAAAUCCCAAGCACAGCGUGUCCGUCUGGGUCCAGGCAGGGCUGGCUGGGGGGGAGGCUCCCCCGUUCCCCUGACCCCGAACCCCUCGGUUCCCCGUCAGAGCCGGGCUCCCCAAGGCGUUCUCUGUCUUGUGGUUUAAAGGGUGUUCUGACAAGGAAGAGUCAAAUUGUACUGCAUGUCCGCCGCCGCCAGGCGCGUGAGGCCACUCUGUGUAUUGUGUAUUUGCAAACUAUCAGUGUUACUGUUGACAAAUAGUUGAAGUAAAGUGGUAACAUAUUAAAUAUGUCGGCUUUUCUUCACCCUCUCUCUGUACCAAUCGUAGGAUCUAACUGUAAACCCCAGGUUGUUCCAGAAAAGAUGCAGGCAGGUGUUUGGCACUAGGGCGCCUUUUAUUCAGGGUGGUCACUGAUGAGAGAGGAUAGAACCAAGGGUGGAGAGGUGUGCUCCACAGGCUGCUCAGGGUGCCCUCCUCCAAACUGUCACAGCCCCACUGGGUCCGCAGGGCUGGGUCUGUAAAGGGGGCAGUUUCUCCCCAUGUUUCCAACUCUCUGCUCUGUUGGGUUCCAGUCAGUUGGGCUUCAUCAUUCCAUGCGUUUUGUUUACAAACUUACUGUGGGACAGGUGUUUCCAGAAGGUACGCUGUUCCACGGAGGAGGCUGGAGCCAGGCAGCCCCAGUCUCACUUGGGACACAAACGCUUCUCACAGGCUGACAGGCUGGUGCACCCGUGCAGCUUUCAUGGGACUGUUCUUUCUGGAUCCCAGCCCGUCCCAGGAUCACAGCAGUAGGCACCUGUGCCCACCCCUGCCCUGCCCCCAGCACAGGAGGCAGGAAGCUGAGCACCAGCAGGCUGUGUGUCAUCCUUCCUCACUGUCAGGACACAGGUGGGCACAUGGGGCGUUCCGCCCAGGUCACAAAUGAUGUCAGCAGGAGACCCUUAGAGGAAGCAGCUGGUCGCAUCACAAAAAUCUUUUCUGGGACAAUUAAAUCAUGUAUUUGUAUUUUUUUUAAGUUUACGAAUGGAUUGUACAACAAUGUAAAAAUAAAGUUCAUCCUAAUACAAUGUGCAUGUCUUGCUUAAAAACGUCUUCAAAAUCAUCCAGUGUAGAGCGAUUUUUCCAUCUGGCACUGCAUGCAGCAGAGGCCUCUGGGUUCUCUUUAAGAUGAACUGAAAAGUCAUCAGAUAUGUAAACAUGACCUUCAAUGUUGUCUCAGCACCUUACAAGGCUGUGUCUCUACAGGUAAGCAUGCAUCUUACAAUCUCGUUGUGCAGUAUCAUCACCCUUCUUGCCUGGAAAACAAGUCAUUUUAUAAGUAUUUUAAAUUCAACAGCAGUAAUCCAGGAAGCAGACUGCAGAAUGAAUGGGUGUGAGGUGUGGGUGGUGAACGGCACAGCAAUUCAGAGCCACGUGACAUGUGCCCCACACGCGUGUGGGUGUGACCUUCCUGGGGUCCCGCUGAGAUCACCUGCAGGACGUCUCCUCUGGGGUGCUGUCCUCUUGUCCUCACCUUUGAGUUGUUUUACACAGUUAGAACCAGGGCUUGACUGCAGGCUGUUCAGAUUUCAGGGGACACCUUGCUCACAGGAAGCCCAGCUCCUGCGAUGUUUCUCUGGGGAGGAGAGGAGGGCUUUUAUUAAUAUGCAUUCUGUGUGCGAGUAGUAACAGACGCUAUUGAUGUAAAACCAUAGCUGUGAUCGUGUGGAGAUAUCAAAUAAAUCCUUUAAAACUCU